CCCCAGCGCCAAUCCCCACCCCUCGCGUCUGGGGCUGCCUGUUCCCUCUAGGGUUCUCUAAUUUCUUGUUUCUUUUCUUCUUCCUUCGAGGUUAGGGCAGCAGGUAAACUAUCUCUAGGGUUCGGUCGAUCCGAUAGUUUUUGGCGGAUGGAGGACCGCAUGGAGGAGGGUAAGCAGAGAUCAUCGAGGAGAGGAGAUGCCUCCGAUAGGAAGGAGGAUUCCAGGAGAGGAGAUCGCGAAAGGGGGAAGGAGCGGAACGGGGAGAGGCACCGGGAGAGGGACAAGGGCCGGGAUCGGGAUCGAGAUUCCGAGAAGGGCGAUCGGGAGAGCCGUAGGUCGGAGCGGGAGAGGAGCGCCGACGACAAGUAUCGCGAGAAGCACAGGGAUUCCCGGCACAAGGACAGGGACAGGGUCAGGGACAGGGAGAGGGAGAGGGAGAAGGAAAGGGAGCGAGCCAAGGAGAAGGCCCGGGAGAAGGAGAGGGAUAGGGAAAGAGACGAUAGGGAACGGGAGAGGGAAGAAAGGGAGAGGGAGAAGGAGAGGGAGCGGGAGAGGGAGAAGGAGAGGGAGAGGGAGAAGGAGAGGGAGAGGGAGAGGGAGAAGGAGAGAGAGAGGACAAGAAGGAGAGAGGAGAGGGAGAGGGAACGAGAAAGGGAAGAUCGAGAGAGGGAAAGGGACAGGGAGAGGGAAAGAGAAAGGGAGAGGGCCAGGGAGAAGCGGCGGGAGUUGGAGAGAGAUGAGGACAGAGACCAUGACCUUGACCGGAAGCGGCGGAGAAGGGAGGAUUCCCGAGAAAGGGAGCGGGAGCGGAGCAGCCGAUCUGACAGGCACAGGGACAGGGAAGGCAGUGAAGAUGGCAGGAGGAAUAGGGCUGAUGAGGAGGUUGAGAACAAGGAGAAGAGAACCCGUGAAGAAGAUCUUGAAGAGGAGCAGCGGAAGCUGGACGAAGAGAUGGAAAAGCGGCGCCGUAGGGUUCAGGAGUGGCAGGAGCUUAGAAGGAAGAAAGAGGAACAGGAAAGAGAGAAAUUGGGCGGGGCCAAUGCUGAGGAACAACCCAAGUCUGGUAAAAAUUGGACCUUGGAGGGUGAAUCUGAUGAUGAAGAAGCAGUCCCUGCAAAAUCUGAUAAAGAUAUGGCCAUGGAUGAAGAUUCCAGGCCGGUUGAUAGGGAUGGCCAUGCCAUGGCAGUAGAUUCUGUUAAUGGGGUUGCCGUGCCUGAUGGUGCUGAGGCGUCUAAUGAUGGUGAGGAGGAAAUUGACCCGCUUGAUGCUUUCAUGAACUCUAUGGUAUUGCCUGAAGUCGAGAAGCUGCAGAGUGCCGAGAUUGCUGUUAAGACUGAUGAUAAGAAAGCUGGCUCAGAGAAGGCCUCCAAAGAAACUGUUGUCAGUAAUGGUGAUCAAUCCAAAAGGGGCGCAAAGAACAGUGUGGGAAGGAUAAUUCCUGGUGAAGAUUCUGACUCUGAUUAUGAGGAUCUUGAGAAUGAUGAGGUUGCACUUGAAGAUGAAGAUGAUGAAGAAUUCUUGAAAAGAGUGAAGAAGACCAAGGCUGAGAAGUUAUCAAUUGUCGAUCAUUCGAAGAUUCAGUAUCUGCCAUUCAGGAAGAAUUUCUAUAUCGAAGCAAAAGAAAUCUCGAGGAUGACAGCUGAGGAAGUUGCAGCCUAUAGAAAACAGUUUGAAUUGAAGAUACAUGGGAAGGAUGUGCCGAAGCCUAUCAAAACAUGGAGUCAGACUGGAUUAACGAGCAAAAUUCUGGAUACAAUCAAGAAGCUUAAUUUUGAAAAACUGAUGCCCAUUCAAGCGCAGGCGCUCCCUAUCAUCAUGAGCGGGCGAGAUUGCAUAGGAGUUGCCAAAACUGGUUCAGGUAAAACAAUGGCUUUUGUUUUGCCAAUGCUGAGACAUAUUAAAGACCAGCCUCCAGUGGUGCCUGGGGAUGGUCCUAUAGGGCUUAUUAUGGCUCCUACUAGGGAGCUUGUCCAACAGAUUCACAGUGAUAUUAAGAAGUUCACAAAGGUUCUAGGCAUUAACUGUGUGCCAGUGUAUGGAGGCUCAGGUGUUGCUCAGCAGAUUAGUGAUCUAAAACGAGGUGCUGAAAUUGUUGUCUGCACUCCUGGUAGGAUGAUAGAUAUACUUUGUACGAGUAGUGGAAAAAUUAGUAACCUUCGCAGGGUCACUUACUUGGUGAUGGAUGAGGCUGAUAGAAUGUUUGACAUGGGCUUUGAACCUCAGAUUACCAGGAUUGUUCAAAAUACACGUCCUGACCGUCAGACAGUUUUAUUUUCAGCUACAUUUCCUCGGCAGGUGGAGAUAUUGGCACGCAAGGUGUUGAACAAGCCUGUCGAGAUCCAGGUCGGGGGAAGGAGUGUCGUGAACAAAGAUAUAACUCAAUUGGUCGAGGUUAGACCUGAAAGCGACCGGUUUUUGAGGCUAUUAGAGAUUUUGGGAGAGUGGUAUGAGAAGGGGAAGAUCCUUGUCUUCGUUCAAUCGCAAGACAAAUGUGAUGCUCUACUGAGGGAUUUACUCAAGCAUGGUUAUCCUUGCCUCUCGCUUCAUGGGGCGAAGGAUCAGACUGACCGUGAGUCUACUAUCUCUGAUUUUAAGAGCAAUGUCUGUAACCUGCUGGUAGCGACAAGUGUUGCUGCCAGAGGUUUAGAUGUGAAGGAGCUUGAGCUGGUUGUCAACUUUGAUGUCCCAAACCACUACGAAGAUUAUGUUCACCGUGUUGGCCGGACAGGUCGGGCAGGCAGAAAGGGUUGUGCCAUCACAUUCAUUUCUGAGGAAGAUGCACGUUAUGCACCAGAUCUCGCAAAAGCCUUGGAACUUUCUGAACAAGCUGUUCCCGCAGAUCUAAAGGCACUGGCUGAUUCAUUCCUGGCAAAGGUGCGCCAGGGAACAGAGCAAGCCCAUGGGACUGGCUAUGGUGGAAGUGGCUUCAAGUUUAAUGAAGAGGAAGACGAAGCAAGGAAGGCUGCCAAAAAAGCUCAGGCAAGAGAAUAUGGAUUUGAGGAGGAUAAAUCAGAUUCAGAUUCUGAAGAUGAUGGAAUUCGAAAGGCAGGAGCUGACCUUUCACAGGCUUUUGCUAAUGCCCAAGCUGCUGCAUUGGCUGCUGCUUCAAAGGUACCUAUUACUUCAAUGCCUGCUCCGGUUUCCGCCACUCAAUUACUUUCUACCGCCGGUCUGCCUGCUGUCACUCUUCCUGGAAUAGCUGGUCUACCUAUCUCUGCAACUCUACCUGUAACUGCUUCACACACUGAGGCAGCUGCUAGGGCAGCUGCACUGGCUGCUGCCAUGAAUUUACAGCACAAUUUGGCAAAGAUACAAGCUGAUGCCAUGCCCGAACACUAUGAAGCAGAAUUGGAGAUCAAUGAUUUCCCACAAAAUGCUCGCUGGAAGAUCACCCAUAAAGAGACCUUGGGUCCAAUCUCAGAAUGGACUGGAGCUGCUAUUACUACCAGGGGCCAGUACUAUCCUCCAGGUAAGAUUCCUGGUCCGGGAGAACGCAAACUUUACCUGUUUAUUGAAGGCCCCACCGAGUCUUCUGUGAAGAAGGCUAAAGCUGAAGUGAAACGAGUACUGGAGGAUUACACGGCUCAGGCUCUCUCCCUUCCUGGUGCUGCUCAACCAGGCAAGUACUCUGUUCUUUAGGAAUCAUGAUCACUCCUUACAGUUACAACGUGAGAAUGAAAUAUUAUAGAUGGAACUUUGUGGAUUUCUUCGUGAGAUAGAUACAGGAUGAAUCUGUUCAUGCAGGCACUUUCAUCUUAAGAUGCAAUGAUGUCUGUCAAUUUAUUUUUAGUUGUUCUGUAUUGAAGAUGCUUUGAAAUUUCCGUUAAACUACUUUUUUUUUUUGAAUCUUCUUUGAACUUUUUGUUUUCUUAUUUGUAUCUUUGAUCAGUUGGACUUUUAGUUAAUCACCUCCCAUCUGUGAAUGCAGUACAAUUGAUUGUAUAUGUUCUGUCUAUAUGUUGCUUGAGUUGGUUGUUUCACGUACCUCUGAUUGCCUCUCCUGAAUUUCAUUGCUGAAAGUUGUACUAGACAUGACCACCAAGCAUGUUUAGUGUCAUCAAACUAUGCAAAUGGAAAAAAGAAGUCUCCAUGUAUUCUUUCAUAGCUUAUUAAUUUCUUCUUAAUGGAAGCUGAAUCGAUCAGUUCAAGUUAUUUAAUUAAUUGGUUAUCAAGUUGUAAGGGACCAAUUAGUAAUGAAGGAAAAUUAGAUGUCAAGGCUUCCGCAUGCAUAUUUUUCCGUAAUUAGGCUUUAUUAAUUUCCUACAGGCCAUUGAUCAGCUGAUUGAUGAAUCUUCUGCCAUCCUGAGUUUAUGGGAUCAGGUGGCCUAGAAAGAAAAGAACUUCUAUUGACUAAUUAUUUUGUUUAGCAGUCAUACUUGGCCGGUCAGAUUGGUCUAGGGUCAAUGGUAGCAUAUAGUUGUAUAGACGUUCUUUCAUCAUAUUAUCAUCUGCUUUUGGUUUCAGUAGUUGGGUAAGGGACACUUAACGCUUCUUUUAGAUUAGGGGUGUAAUCGGGUCGGGUUGGACUCGAUACAGAUUGGGUCGGAUAUAGGAUAGGUCAAAAAUUUGUCAGCCCAGACCCGACCUUUUAUUCAAACGGGUCAAGAAUCCAAAUCCGAACCGGACCAUUUUAUUAAAUAGGUAAGCUAACCUGAGAUCUAUAAUGGAUUGAAUCAAGUUAAACGGAUUAAAACGGUCAAGAAUUGCCACCCUAUUUAGAUAUUUCAUGUAUCAAUACAUCUUUCCUGUGGCAAACAAAUGGGCAUGUUCCCUUGUUAUUUACCAGUCCAAGAUCUCUCAGAAAUGGAAAUAUUUUUUUUUUUAUUUUUAAAAGCUAGCAUGACAGGAAAAUCAACAAGUUCGCUGACCCAUAUCUGUGAAUUAACAAGUUUGGAUAAUUUGUUACUGUUGUUGGCUGAAGGAAUUAUAAGAACUACUGGGUUUUAUGGUUUGGGAAGAAUAGAUUACACGGUAACUAGGAUAGGAUGUGCUUAUAAGUUAUGCAGAUAAUUUUUUUGUGAUGAUGACAGGGUUUAGAAUCUUAUUAUCGAAUCUGAUAGAGGGAUGAAAACAAGGAAUAGAAGAGUUUGCCCUCAGCAGGCGAGUUGAGGAUUUGGUGGUCGUAGAAGUGAUAAUGUUAAAUCGACUAAAAUUUUAUUUUGAUAUGUUAUUUAAAAAACUAUCCACCAGUUAUUGAUAAUCAGAUAAAACUAAAUACCAUGAAUUUUGAUAAUUUUUUCAGCUGAUUAUCUAAUUCUAGGGUAUUAAGUCACUCGAUGAAAGGCAUCAGGACUGGGUAUAAUGGCUGAACAUGAAGCAAACGAUGCCUCCCUAUUAUUGAAAAAGUUGAAUCAAUGAUACAUGUGCUUCGCAAAAUGCCCAGCCCCACAUCCUGUCAUGUGGGUGCUAACCAAUAUGGUAACCACAUGUCAAUAAGGGUGGAUAGGUCAACAAGUUUUUCCUUACAUUUUUUUCUUUAAUUCAUAUGAAAUGUUUUUUAUAUUAUUGGUUUUUCACCAUCACUUAUCUUGGAAGCUCCCGAUAUCUCUUUUAAUAUUUAUAAUGCACCAUUAAGAAUUUGUCUGAAUGUAUCCUCCUAAAUCAUUAAGUCUAAUUUAACCUGUCAUUUUACCUACUCAUGUACCUUACAUGUCUUUCCAUUUCAAUUAGCACACCCCAUUUCAAGCUCCGAAAGUCAUGAAAUGUUAUUUAAGCUCUUCAAUUUCUUUGCCUGCCAUGGCCUGACAACUGUAGUUGCUUUUCUGCUUUUUGAUUAGUGUGUAGUUUCUUCUAUUAGAUUAAGUUACUGUUUUUGCAUAAUUAAUUUAUGCUUUUUUUAAAUAUUUUCAUCACUUACCGUGUGAUUUUGAGAUUUUGAUGAUACAAGUGGUGGUUAAUUUUACUCUGCAGUGGCCGUGCAGUUAAAUUAUCAUUUCCUCUUUUUUUUCAUUAUUUCAAGCAUCAACACCAAAAAUAAGUCAAAACAAUUUUAUCUAUAUAAUCAAAACACUAUUCUAGAAAGCCUUUGACUGUGUGGAGGGGCUGCCUUCUUUGAGUUUUUAAUCAAUUCCAUGAUUUUGAUGAUCCUUUUAUUCAUAUUUGCUUCCCCUGCGUAUAGCAUGGUGCUUCAUGGUGAGAUGUAGCUCAAGAUUGCUUGCAAUUAUGCAUAUAGAAAUGUCAGUGGGUGGGGCUGGCUUGAUUUGCUAAAGGCCCAACCCAAGAAAUCAAGUGCUUGAGCUCAAAAUCUCGAUUCGGUGGGUACAAGUCCAAAGUGAAUUAAUUGCUUUGCAUGAUAUCCUACUAUUUGCUUCUCUAUCAAGAAAACUAUACAUGGUUAUCCUUCUCUUGUAGUUUGGUAUAGGAAGCAUUUGAAAUUUGAAUUGCUCCAACCUUCAUAGCAUUAAACCAGAUUGGGAACCUGAGAGAUAAUUUACCACCAAAUUUGUUGCAUUAGAUGCAUUCUGUUCUCAAUAGAGGAAGUUCUCCGGUUAUUUUAAAUGCAAAUUCUAUAUAUGUUGAAUUUGUUUUUGCGUAUCUAGAGAUAUGUCAUUUAAGAAUGGAGAAAAAAAGAGUUAGCCUUAUGUCUUAUGACUUUAAAACCAUCACAUUGAAUGGUUUCCCUUAGUUCCUAUUUUUCUUUCUGCUAUUACAAAGUGUUUGAUCUUUAAGGAUUCAUGAGAUUCUCUAAUGAUCUUGACCAAUCCCUCAGUCCUACAUAAGUCAUCAACAAUCAGUUUUGGGAUGAGAAGCAGUCCAUUUUUCCAAUUCCCGCGAUAUACAUAUUUGCCUAUCAAGAAAUUGAGGAGUGAGACAGACUUGUCUCAAUGGAAAAUGAAUGAUGUUCCUGUCAUAUUAGCAUCUAGGAAUCUUGGAAUUUCGAAGGCGGAUAAGUACCAUAACUGUGAGGUUUUGGAGGAUUGGAAGAUGUUCUUAAUAUCUCACCUUUAGCUUGUGUAUUUCUUCAUGCAUUCCUGGUGGUCUUAGAUAUCAACUAGAAUUGAAAAAUGUGCCACUGAAAUUUCGUAAACGAAUGGUCCUCGGAGAUCAGCAAGGACUCAAGACUCAUUAUGCAGACUUAGGGAUUACUAAUCCUUGGUCCAACUCCAGUUUUGUUGUUUCUGCUUCAUUAGACAUUUUGCUUGUUUAGAAAGAUUAUGUAAGGCAAUCGCCAUAGGGUCUCCGUCUAUCUUGGCCAACUGAACUUCUAGGUGUGCGCCUGACAUCUCUUAUGCUGACUGACUAUUGCGUGCUAGUAAAAUGUGUGAGAUAUGUAUCUAAUUAUGCCCUUCUGUGACAUCAAAUCUUCAUCUCAAAGAGAGAGACCUUGUCUGGAAGUAUGUUGUGACAAAAUUGUUAUAUCCAACUAGCUGCUAAACUGAUUUGGCUGAUGACAGGGAGAUGGUAGAAUAUGCUUUAUUUUUAAAUUGUUAAGAAGGUUAUUAUGUUGUGCUUCUACUAUGAUGCUUGGUCUGGGCAGCUCUCUGCAUUCUUGAACAGUCUUAGAUUUGGAUGGGUCUUCUCCCCUUUGAUUUUUUUCUUUUCUUUUCUUUUGGCAUGAGGGAGUGGCAUGUGCUUCUGCUUGUGCACGGUCCUGCAAUUUCUCUGCAAGAUGGUGGUGGUCAUCAAGGACAGCAAACAUGUUCCCGUUUCUUUUGCAGUUAAACAAGUUAUACAAGUUUCUAUUUCUAUCACACUUCCGGUCAAGAAGCUUGGAUGGUGAUGUGAGAAACAUUUGCUCAGGGUGAGAAACAAACUUCAUUCUUGAAUGGCUAAGAAUGAACAGGUCCUUGGGUCGAAGCAUAAGCAGUCUUUAUUUUUUGAAAUAUCUUCUUAUCUUUACCUUCAUUCCUAUUAGGUUUUUCCUUGAGGCUUCUGUUUUUCGUUUUCUUCUAGGAAAGAACAAAGUUCUAUUAGGUAUAUCAGCUUCCUGAUCUACUCCCAGUUCUGCUCGUUUCGGGUUAAAUUUUUCAUUCUUGGAAUUUUAGAGUUCUUGUUGUUCCAUCA